AUGUCGCAGAAGAUCUCGGCCAAGAACCUACAGUACAACACGACGCUGCCGCCCUUCCUCGCGCGCCUGCGCGGGGAAAACCCGUCUGGGGCCGACCGCGACGGUCCCGAUCCGAUCCUCGCGGGCAGACGCCGGGCCGUCAAACCGCGAUCCGGCAGCGCCGAGGCCGAGGACGCGCCGCUGGUGGUCGACGACCAGGGCAAUGCCGUCGACGUCACGGUGGGUGCCGAUGGCAGCGUCAAGGAGAAGGAGUCGGCAGAGAAGCCCCAAGACGCCAGCCCUGGCGAAGGUACACUAGCUACGGAGGCGAGCGCGAAGGUGGGGGAGAAGCUGGCGGAUAUUGGCGGCCAGCGCAAAAAGAGGAAGAUUGGCAAAAUAAUUGGCGCCGAGACUGAGGAGGAUGAUCCAGAGGACAAGCACGGCAAGAGCGACAAGAGCAGUCGGCCAAAGGCAGGCAACGCCCUUGCGGCGGAAAAGGAGGACCCCACCGUUGUAGCAAAGCCAAAGCCGAAGAAGAAGGCCAAGAAGGUCAAGCUCAGUUUUGGCGACGACGAGGGCUGA